AACAUUGGCUUGGAAAGUGGAAGGAAGCAUGAGAUCGACGCUAGGUGACAGGAAAGGGUUUCUUUGAAGCCGAGAGGAAAAGCGGAAGGUUUAGGAGAACCUGGAUUGCUGCUGCUGUCCACUGGGGUGCACCUGGGCAGGAGCUGCAAACGGAGGCCCUUUGGGGGCUGGAGCAUGGGACAGACGUUCCCUCUAGAGACUGCACCUCAAAACUCCUGCGCACACUUGGAUGAUGAAGGUGAUCACCAGCACAGCAGCACAGGGAGCGAAGGGGGAACGGCAGGGGACGGCACCCCUCCUCCCAAGCGCAAGGGCAAGUUCUCUACCCUGGGUAAGAUCUUCAAACCCUGGAAGUGGAGGAAGAAGAAAAGCAGCGAGAAGUUUAAGGAAACUUCAGAAGUUCUGGAAAGAAAGAUGUCGAUGAGGAGGCCAAGACAGGAACUGAUCGAGCAGGGAGUGCUUAAGGAGCUUCCUGACAAUGAACUAGGUGAGGCCCAUGGCCACAAGACACCUUAUGUGAAGAAUGGUCACACUCUGCCUGUAGGAAUUGGUGGAGGUCUGGGGCUAGAGCAGAUACACUCGCCCUCUGAAUCUGAAUUUAGAGUCAACCCUGUCUGGCUUCCAGAGCCCGAUGAUAAGAGAGGUCGUGGCCCUUCUGAUGGGGAUCAUCAUGGAGCACUGGGCCCUCGGGCCUCCAAUCAGGAUGAAGGCAGGAGAAGUGGUUGGUCUGUUGGGACGGAGGACUGGAAAUCUAAUCUGGCCUGGCAGGGAGAUGAUAUCAGACAUGGUGGAAGGCUACAUGUUGAAAUGGACAAGAGGCCUGGGCUAAUGAAAGCCCCCUCUGAGGAUGGGCGCAGGACUCGUCCCGAGCCGGACUGGAAGCCAACGCUUCCUCGCCACUCGUCUGUCGAAGAGGGAAGGGGAAGACAAGAGUCUGACAGCAGUCAGUACGUUCCUAACUCGGAGAUUCUGAGGGACACACUGCGAGAACCUCUGCCUCCGAAGCAGUCCAUCAUGCCGCCCAAAUGGCUGAUGACAUCCACCCCGGAACCUGGUGCUGACAGCUUGCCCCGCACCCCUGUCCACAACCCCGCAGCUGCUUUCUCCUCUUCCUCUGCCUCCUCCAACUCCUCCUCCUCAUCAGCUGUCAGCGCAGCUGGAAAACCACUACGAAACGUAUCCUCAGCUGGCGCCAACACACAGGCCUCCAGCAGCGCUCCCCUUACCACCUCUUCAGCACCAUCCUCUAUGGGCAAUGUCCCAGCCCAGCCCACCAAACAACCCCCUCCUCCACCCAAACCGAUCAACCGUAGCAACAACCCCGCAAUGUUGGCCUCCACCCUGCAUGGGGGUGACGGCAGCGUCCCCCUCUACUGGUCCUGUUGGAAGCGUGAGGGUGACCAUGACCUCUACCUGUCCCUGCCUGUCUACCUCUGCCGGCGGGCAGGAGGCAUGCGCACAGCUGAACUCACACAAGGAGGUGUCAACCUAGUACCGGCCAAGCCCUCACCCCCUAUGCCCCCAAAAAGAACCACGCCUGUCACCAAACGCAAUGCAGAGGACUCCCCUCUGACCAUUUCCUCCCUACCCUCCAUCCUGUCAGAGGACAUGAGGGCCAACAUCCCCGGGGGUUACCAGCUGCCUCCUCCUCCCCCAUCACCACCUCUCCCCACACACAUUCCCCCUUCCCCACCACGGGCCCACACCCAUCAUCUCCUCCACCAACACUCCUAUCCCUACCCCCUACCCCAGCCACUUCCUGUCCACUUUGACCCUCCCAGCCCUCCGGAGGAACCGCCAGCCCGUCAAGCUCCUGUUCCCUUACACAUCAUGAUCCAGAGGGCGCUCAGUAGCCCAGGACCUGCUCUCCCACACCCAGAUGGCUCCCAGCGUGCCCACUCACUUCUGUUUGAGACACCACCGAGACCAGGGCAGCCGCCACUGGCAGUCACCAUCCAGCCUCUCAAACUGGAUGAAGAUGACUACUCCGAUGAAGAGGAGGAGGAAGAGGACGAUGACGACGACGAUGAUGAUGAACCACCACCUGAUCACCUCCCAUCCCCUCAUUCCCAGCCAGAACUUGAGCCUCGCAGCGCAGAGGUGCCUGGUGGGGACCUGAGCGUCAGCAUCAUCCCUGAAGGAAGCAAUAGCAGCGAGGAGGAGGAAGAUGAGGAAGAUCAACAGCCGGAGGAGAGCGACUCAGACGGGCCCGUGCUGUAUAAGGACGAUGAAUCGGAUGAAGAUGAAGAGGACGACAGCCCACCAAGUGCUCUGGCCAGCAGGGUGAAGAGGAAGGACACGUUGGCGCUGAAGUUGAGCAGUCGGCCCUCUGCCCCAGACAGGCAGGCUCCUGAGAGGCAGGCCAAAGUGGAGCACACGGGUCUGUCGUGGCAGAGCAAGGAGCAGUGGGAGGCCAUCCGCACACAGAUUGGUACUGCACUCACACGGCGAUUGAGCCAGAGACCUACUGCUGAGGAGUUGGAGCAAAGAAACAUUCUCCAGCCCAAAAAUGAAGCAGACAGACAAGCAGAGGUCAGGGAGAUCAAGCGCAGACUCACCAGAAAGUUGAGUCAACGACCGACUGUUGCCGAACUACAAGCUCGAAAAAUAUUACGUUUCCACGAGUACGUGGAGGUCACAUGCGCUCAGGACUACGACCGCCGUGCUGACAAGCCAUGGACCAAACUUACUCCCGCAGACAAGGCUGCUAUUCGUAAAGAGCUCAAUGAGUUUAAGAGCUCCGAGAUGGAAGUGCAUGAGGAAAGCAGAAUUUACACAAGAUUCCAUCGUCCUUAAUGGCGUCUUUUAACUGGAAAAUGAAGCACUUAGCCGGUGGAUAUUGGGAGGAAAUGGCUGUUUCUUUGGUGAGGAGCCUCAGGGUGUCGGAGCUCCUUCAGACUGCUUUUACUAUGAAUGUACUUCUUCAGAUGCACAGGAACGCCUGGAGCAUUCAGAAACCAAUCAAAACAAACAAAACAGACCGUUUCUCAGUCGUCCACCCACUGACGUGUGGGACGGGUGACCUCUGGGGGACAGAUGCAGUAUUUCUCCUGGACUUUAGGGGACCCAUGUGCCAAGACAGAGAGACGAUGAAGGACUUUAGAGGAUUUUACUUGUGCCAAUGGCAGAUGUUCCUCUCUCUAUACUCUCUGAAUGGCCUUUUUUUCUGCUUUUACUUCGUAUGAUAAAUGUUAUUUCCUUUCAGGGAAGUGUAACAAAGUUAAAAAUAGUAAUAAUAAUGAUGUGACAAUAAUAAAUACAGUAAUACUACAGUAAGUGUUAGUUACUGAGCAUAGCGGGGCAGACAGAAGAACUGCAAGAGUAAGGCCUGAGCCUGAAUGUUAAUUGUGUAUUUGUGUAUGUUUGUAUAGGCUGCUGUAAUUUUUCUCUUAGUUUGACUCUUUGGAACGUUCAUAAUGUUAGAAACUUUAAGGCACAAGAUUUUUUUAAUUCAUAACUUUGGCUUUGGCCCUCUUUAUUCAAGACCGGGUUACAGAUUCCCCUUACUUUGUGGUCUUCGCUGUUUGAGAGCAAUAGAAGAAAAUAGGAUCAGAUUUAGGUAGAAUGUAAGCAUUUCAUAUUUCACUAUUGAUCUGCAGCAAAACUGUGAUCUAUUUUGAUCUCUCUUUUUUUUUUAUCAUAUCGCCUUUUGUAAAAGUGAGGUCCAGCUAGUUCAGUUUUAAGAAGUGUCCAAGUCGUGUUUACAGAAUAUUUUA